AUGAUGACAGGCUUGAACGGGAAUAGCUCUGAAGCAGCAGCAUUCAGUCAAGUUGCAAUGGACCCUGCAUUUCAGAUGAUAACGGUUACCAAGGAAAUAGGCUUAGGCCUGAAUAUCGUGGGAGGAAUUAACCGCAAUGAAGGGCCCUUGGUAUAUAUUCAGGAAAUAAUUGCUGGAGGAGACUGCCAUAAGGAUGGAAGAUUAAAGGCAGGGGAUCAGCUUGUGUCCAUUAAUAAGGAGUCAAUGAUUGGUGUUUCAUUUGAAGAAGCAAAAAGCAUAAUUACUAGAGCAAAAUUAAGAUCAGAAUCUGCUUGGGAGAUAGGGUUCAUAAGGCAAAAACCUAGCUUGAGUCAACAAGAAACCACACAGCACUCAGCCCUCUUGCCAUCUUCAGGAGGAUGUGAGGCCCAGGUUUCUGCAACUUUUAAUAUUCUUUCUCAUCCUGAGAACUCUGAUCAAAAGAUGUCAUCCACUCCCAUCCCUGUAGAUACCACCUUGAUGUCUUUUAAAAAAAAUCAGAUAAAAACCGGAUUCAAGAAAAGAGAGCCAUCUCCAAUUACUUCUCCAAACAACAGCCCCACGGAUGUGUCUAAUACGAAUAUUAGCCCCAACUGGCCUGAUGAUUCUGGACCACAAGCAGAGAAUAUUUCCUUAAAUCCUUCGGUUCGCAUUAAGGUUGAAAAGCUGGAGAUGUCCAAGAGAGAAGAUUUUGUCCAGGUUUCCAAAGACCUAUUCCGCUUACAGCUGAAUGAAGUAGGCAUUGGGCAAAAAUCUACAAUGCUUGGUGCACAUGAAAUUUCCCAUUUAUUAGAUUCACAGCUUCUUGCUCGUGGUUCUUCAGAAGAAGAUGAAGUAGAAAGACUUAAGCGUGAAAGAGAUGAUGCUUUGAGAGAAGUCAGCAAACUCAAGGACUCGGCUGAGCCUAACACCUGCUUGGCAAAGGAAAAACUGUUGGAAUCAGAAAAUCAAAGGAUACAACUAGCUGAAGAACUCCAAAAUGUGAAACAAGAAUCUAAAGCCAUAGUGGAAGAAACAAGAGCUCUGAGAAGCAGGCUUCAUCUCGCCGAAGCAGCACAGAGACAGGCCCAUGGAAUGGAAAUGGACUAUGAGGAAGUAAUUCACCUAUUAGAGGCUGAAAUUAUGGAGCUAAAGGCUCAGCUCGCUGAUCACUCUGGCCAAAGCAAAGAAGGUUUUCAAGAUUUAAGAAAGAGAAUCACAGUGUUGGACUGCCAAUUGCGGAAAUCAGAGACGGCUCGGAAAACCUUUGAACUUACAACUGAGAAGUUGUUGAACUUUGUCGAGACAAUCCAAGAAGUGCUUUCUGAUCACUCUUCUUCCUUGUCAAAUCUAAGUGACCGAAGAUCCGUGUUAGGUUCCCAAACCCUGUUCCCACAACUUGGAAGGAAUGGACGCAAUGUCACAGCAACCCUGGUCCAGGAAUCCAGGGAGCUUGCUAAAUCUGUCCGUGCACUUCUGGAUGUGGACCGUCUACCUUAUGGAUGGGAGGAAGCUUACACAGCAGAUGGAAUCAAAUACUUUAUCAAUCAUGUAACACAGACCACAUCAUGGAUCCACCCUGUGACAAGUGCGCUGAACUUGUCCUGCUCGGAAGACAAUGAAGAAGAUUGCCCCAGAGACCCUCCCAACCAAAAGAGUUGAUAGUUUCUGAUAGAGAAUAGCAUCAUUUUCAGAAUGGCUUGAACUAGUGAAACUGGCAUCCAGCAUGCUGUGGGGACAAACCAAAUGCCAUGUGUAGAAGUUGUAAAAUAGGGGCAAUGAACUUAUCCUAUUUGUUUAAACCAAACAUCCUAUUUAAGUGUAUGCACAUUCCCUGUUCAGUUCAUUUCAACACUUACCCCUAGGAUAAUCCACUGGCGAUACACUAAUAGUUUUUUAAAAACAAUAAUCUUUUCAGGUUUUUCUAAAUGGUAAGGAAUUGUAUCUUUGCAAAAUUAUAUGAGCUAUUUUUCUUCCUUUGGAAAUAAGCUGUGAUGGCUUUGAAAAUGAUUUGUAUUUAAAUAUCCUUUUGAAAAAUUA